AAAAAAAUCCAUUUCCUAUAGCUUAUACCAUGUGAACCCACCAAGCAGCCUUCCCUGGCUUUGCACUCCCCUUCUUUCUCUCUAUCUGUCUCUCGCUGUCUCACACUUUUAUAUAAGCUUCGGGUCUACUGACAACCUUUUAUUUUCAUAUCUGAGCUUGGUUUAUCUUUGAGAGAUUUAUCAGGGACACAAAAUCCCAAAUGGGUUUCAGGCGCAAAAUCCUGUUGUGUUUGUUUGUCUUAGUUUGGCUUGUGUUCUUGCAAGAAGCAAGUGCAAGGCAACAUUACUACAAUGUGACUAGCUUAAGAGGUAGAAAGCAAGUGAGUGGAUGCAAUUUGUUUCAAGGAAAAUGGGUCUUUGAUCCUUCCUACCCUUUCUAUGACUCUUCAGGAUGUCCCUUCAUAGAUCCUGAAUUUGACUGCCUUAAGUAUGGCAGGCCAGACAAGCAAUACCUUAAGUACUCCUGGCAACCUGACGCUUGUAGCUUGCCAAGAUUUGAUGGGGUGAGUUUUCUGGAAAAAUGGAGGGGAAAGAAAAUAAUGUUUGUGGGUGACUCACUGAGUUCGAACAUGUGGGAAUCUCUGGCAUGUAUGAUUCAUGCGUCUGUGCCCAACUCCAAGACCACAUAUGUGAGGAAGGACCCUUUGUCUUUUAUUAUCUUUGUGGAUUAUGGAGUGACUCUGUAUUUUUAUCGAACGCCAUACUUGGUAGAUAUAGUUAGAGAAAAUGUUGGUGCAGUGCUUAAUCUAGGCUCCAUCAAUGGUGGCAAGGCAUGGGAAGGGAUGGACGUGCUAAUUUUCAACAGUUGGCAUUGGUGGACCCACAAAGGAAAAUCUCAAGCAUGGGAUUAUAUUAGAGAUGGGUCUGCAUUAUACCAAGACAUGGACCGUUUAGAGGCGUUCAAUAAAGGGCUUACAACUUGGGCUAACUGGGUUGACAACAAUGUCGAUCCUACCAAGACCAAGGUCUUCUUCCAGGGCAUUUCUCCCACCCACUACGAGGGCAGGGAGUGGAACCAACCAAAAAAGAACUGUUAUGGUGAACUAGAGCCAAUGUCCGGCUCUACAUACCCGGCAGGUGCUCCUCCAGCUGCUGCUAUUGUGAACAAAGUUUUGGGGAUGAUGACGAAACCAGUUUAUUUGCUUGAUAUUACAACGCUCUCGCAAUUGAGAAAAGAUGCUCAUCCCUCCACCUAUAGCGGUGACCAUUCGGGCAAUGACUGCAGCCACUGGUGUCUUCCUGGCCUGCCUGAUACCUGGAACCAGCUUCUAUACGCAGCUCUCAAUAUGUGAAGGUUUACAUUGGGCAACAAAGAACUUAUUUCUUUUCUUCUUCAUACAAUUGUACAUUCAGGGCGGUGCUCAAAGUUCUCAUCUACUUCCGGUAGGUGAUAACGAGGGAGCAAAGACCGAUGGGUGAUAUGAGGGGGCAAAUAUCAAUUGUAAAGUGAAUGAUUUUUUAAACCAAAAAUAAUUGCUUCAAAGUGAAAAAAAAAAGAAAAAAGAACACUUAGCUUUUAAUGUUUGAAGAAUCUUGACCCUUGUUGGACAAUCACAUCAAAUUUCUGUCAUGUUUAAGAAAAAUAAAGUUAGUUUUCCACCAUGCUCUAUAUCUCCCCAUCUGCAUAAAAUAUGUCUCCAUCACCUACGAACAAUAGUCUCACAAUUAAAGAGCAGUUGAAUUAUUAGGAUUCUGCAUCCAUUAUUAAUCAGGAAAACAAUAAUCUCUGGCAAAUAAAGGCUCCAGGAAAUUAUGUUGAUUAGUAAAUUACUAGUCAGGAAGUGCUUGUAUACAACGAGAAGAGUACUUGUUUUUUCUGGCAAAAUUAGGGGUGUUUGAAAAAUCACCAGUGCUAAAAGAAACUCAUCUUACCGGAUCAGCCAGCAGGUUACAAUACAAAUAAUAUCCUGC